AAAUGACAGAUUCUCUCUGUCAGAUGUCUUGUGAUUCUGUGACUUUUCUAAUUUCUUCUUUCAGGUCUGGCGUUUAGGUUAAAAGGUUUGAUGGUUUCUAAUAAACAAAUCGUUUGUUAAAAUUUGAAUUCUGAAGAAACCAUCACAAUAUGGACGUCUUUCUGAUGAUAAGACGAAAGAAACUAACAAUUUUUACCGAUGCUAAGGACACGACCACUGUUCUGGAACUCAAGAAAAUUAUAGAAGGCAUCUUGAAAAUUCCACCUCACAAUCAACAACUUUUCAACAAGGAUAAUGCGGUAAUGGAUGAUACCCACAUGCUCCAAGAUUAUGGCCUCACUUCAACAACUGCUAAAGCUCAGAGCCCUGCUACUGUAGGACUAGCUAUAAGGGAUGAUAAUGGUGCAUUUGAACAACUUGAUCUUGUUCCUUACUCUGCUCCACCAGACCUACCAGAUGUGAUGAAAUCACAGGAAAGCAAUGGCCAGGAACAAUCUGCUUGAACUGAUGUACAUAACCACAAAAUUUCUCAUUAAUCACAAGAUCUAAUAUCUGAUUACAAGUCAGUGGACUAGGAUGCAACCAGAUGACCAUUCUUUGUUUUGAGGUUUGGAAAUUUGUUAGGUACUUAUGCUCAUUUCAUUUAACAAAGAGGAGUUACACACUUGAUGAUUUUGUCUGGGGUUUUGUUUUUGAUGUAUCCAGAUUUUGAAAUUUCUGAGCAAUGGCCACAUUGCAUCAAUGGCUACAUAUUUAUUCACAAGUAGGUUGCCUGGAAACUGUUUUUUUUUUUAGCUCCAACACGAAAACACUAAAAAAUGAUAUUUUGUUGGUCAGGAUUAAUAAUUAUUGAAUUAUGGUGGCCUAAAAGGAUAAAGUAUCAUGGCAGCCUAUUAUCCAUUGAGUACAGGGUGAUACAAUUUAUAUUUCAGCUCAUUGAAUUGUGCCAGCAGAUUUUUAAGAUCCUCUUGACUUUAAUACAACUGGUAAUGUGAUGUUUAAAAUAACCUUUUCUGUGCCUGCAUAAUUUGGUUUAUCUAAAGCCAUUUUAAAGAUUUUACCUCUGUAAUAGGCACAUUUCAUUUAAUUGUGGAGUAUUACAUGGCAUAUGGGAAUGACUGGGGUAAAUUUUGUUAGCUAAUUUCUAUUUAAUUUUUGUGUGAGUGGUGAUAACAGUUACUGAUGUCCACUAAGCAUC